AUAGCAAGUUUCCCGUAAACACACCCCUGCCUGGGAUUUAGCAAUCGUUUUCGGAAAUGUUUUCCACACUUUACAUUCCGCAUCUUUACAUUUAAACUCUUCAUCUGAAGCUUCCAGCUCUGAUUUAUUCAGUUGUUGGUGUUUCUCUCUGAGGAUAUUUGACGACUGAGACCGCAGUUUGUAUUUACAGUAACCUGAAGUGAAGCUUUAUUGAGUCAGAAUGACGACCUGCGGUCUCGUGACUGAAGAAAAACUGCCAGUUCCUCUAAAGAGCAUCAGAGUUGAGGUGCAGGUGAAGAGUCAUGUAGCCACAGUCACCUCCACUCUGCAGUAUGUGAAUGAGGAAGAGCGCCACCUGGAGGCCUUGUUUGUGUUUCCUCUGCCUGCUGAUGCUGCUGUCUGUCACUUUAGUGCCAAGAUCGGAGAUCAGGAGAUUGUGGCAGAGGUUCAAGAUAGAGAAACUGCGAGGGAUCAGUAUGAUGAUGCUGUGAGUUCGGGUCAGCAGGCGUUUCUGUUAGAAGAGAGUAAAGAAAGUUCUGAUGUGUUCAGACUGAGUGUUGGGUGUCUUUCACCGGGUCAGAACGCUGACAUCACCAUCACAUACAUCACUGAGCUCUCUGUGCAGGCCGACCACUCUCUGCGCUUCUGUCUGCCUGCUGUACUCAACCCCAGAUACGCACCAGCAGGUUCAGAUGCUGGAAUAGUUUCAGAGAUUUCGUCAUGUGUCUCUGUUCCCUACACUUUGACUCUUAGUGUUCAUGUGAGCUCUCCAAACCCCAUCUCCAAACUAGAGUCCAACUGUACUCUGGAUCCUCUUGUGUUCCUCAACUCUGAUCACACUCAGGCAACGGUGAAUCUGAGUUCUGGUCACAAGUUUGAUAAAGAUGUUGAGUUGUUUCUGUACUAUCAGAAUACCCAUCAGCCCACUGCUAUAGUGGAGGCAGGAGUGACCACUGCAAAACCAGGUUCUCUGAUGAGUGACCCAGUGGUGAUGAUAAGUUUGUACCCAGAGUUCCCAAAGGAAGUGAUGUCAUCAUUAGCAACUCGAGGCGAGUUUAUCUUUGUGAUUGACAGAUCAGGCAGUAUGGGCUGUAUGAUGCAUAAUGGGGAAGGAGCACAGAUCCGUAUAGAAAGCGCAAAGGAAACUCUGCUGUUACUGUUGAAGAGUCUGCCCAUGGGCUGUUACUUUAAUAUCUAUGGAUUUGGCUCUCAUUUUGAGUCCUUCUUCCCUCAGAGUGUUUUGUACAAUCAGGACACAAUGGAUCAGGCACUGAAGAAAGUCAAUGAAAUGACAGCAAACAUGGGCGGCACAGAGAUUUUACAACCUCUCAAACAAAUCCACAGUCAACCCGGUUACCCUGAACACCCCAGACAGUUGUUUGUCUUCACUGAUGGAGAGGUGGGGAACACUAAAGAUGUUUUGGAUCUUGUGAAACUUCAUGCUAAAUCUCAGAGGUGUUUCUCAUUCGGGAUUGGUGAGGGUGCAAGUACCACCCUCAUCACAGGAAUGGCCAAAGCGGGAUCUGGACACGCCCAGUUCAUCACAGGCACAGACCGCAUGCAACCCAAAGUGAUGGAGUCUCUCAGGUUUGCUCUUCAGCCUGCAGUGAACAAGAUCUCAGUACAGUGGAAAGUACCAGAUGGCAUUACUGUUGACACGCUGUCUCCACCCAUCAAUGCGAUCUUUCAGGGUCAAAGGUCACUCAUUUAUGCCCAACUUAAAGGACAGAGUUCAGAAAGCUCUGAAGGAUCAGUGAUAGUUCAAUACAACCUGAAAGAUCAACCAGUGACAAACCAGCUUCACUUCUGCUUUAAACCAACUGAGGACACUGGGUUGUCCAUCCACCGUCUGUCGGCCCGGUCUCUGAUCCGCUGUCUGGAGCAGGAGGAGAGGACAAGAGGUGUAGAUGUGGAUGAUAUCAAGAGGAGGAUGGUGGAGAUCAGUGUUGAAGCAGGAGUGAGCAGUGUUCAUACAGCCUUCAUUGCCAUUAAUAAAAACAACAGAGAGGCUGUGAAAGGACCUCUGAUACAGAGAAGAGUACCAACACAAGGUUUAAGGUGCAUGCCCAUGAUGGCUAAAGCAUGUAAAAGGAGGCCCAUGAACAGGCCUAUGCCCAUGAUGGCUGAUGCAUGUGCAAGAAACAUGAAGGUAGGAGGUCCCGUCAGGGGUUAUCCCAAAACAAAGUUGAGCAGUUUUGAUACAAACAUUGCCAGCAUGAAGGAAUUGGAAGAACCUCAGAUACAGACCAGACAAGAACCUGAUCUCCAUAAGGAUCCUUUACUUCAGCUGAUUUCUCUACAAAAGGCUUCAGGCUGCUGGGAACUGAACGCUGCUUUGGCUCUAGUGUUUGGAAAGACUGAAGAUGAGCUGACCAAUCAGAAACCAGCACAGGUGGAUGGGUCAGUGUGGGCCACUCUUCUGUCUCUCAUCUGGUUAUACGGCUAUAAAAUACAGCAACAGAUUGAGUGGCAGUUUGUGGCCAUGAAGGCGGCGUCAUGGAUCGGCUCUCAGAACGUGGUCAGUCUGUCUCAGUGUGUGUGUGAUGGGAAUCAUCUACUGGGAUGUCAGGUGAAAGAAGAAACUUUGGGAAUCUGAAGACUUCAGUGUUUCUACUUCCUGCGAUGUCAGAAGACCCAAAGAUCUCUUAUGAAUAUUAAGUUCAUUUACAGUAUUAGCUGUUUGUGUUUUUGCUUUUUAGAAAAACAUGUUUUAGACAUAUUCUUGUUUUUCUUGUCUAGCAGUCUUUAUAUUUCAGUUCAGUUAUUAGAGAGGUUGGAUUACGCCGUAGUCCCAGACUAGACUGAAUGUUUGAGAGCUGUCCUGACUGAACACAGCUUGCAUCUUAAAAGACCAGUGAUGGCUUUGAAAGGCUUGUUUUUAAAAAACAUUUUCUAACAAUAGUCCAGUGAAACUUCUUAGUUUAAGACUCAACGAUUUUAUUACGAACAAUAAACUGGACUUCCUCUUUCUGUCGGAAACUUGGUUAAAGGUAGGAGAUCUUACGCCGUUGGUUGAUCUUUUACCACUGGGUUACUCCUAUUUUAAUUCUCCUAGGUUAACUGGGCGAGGUGGGGGCCUUAUGUCCAUUUUUAAAAAUGAUAUUGAGUGUCAAAUUAAACAUUUGCCAUGGGUUAAUGAACCACUACGGGUACUUAGACAACAUGCUAGACAAGCUGAGAGGAGGUGGAAAAAACAUAAACUACAGGUCAACUAUGAGAUUUUCAGAGAAUCGUUAGAGACAUUUCAGAUGGCCUCUAGAGAUGCUAAACACAAGUAUUACUCAAAUGUUAUUGCUCAACAUGUGAAUGACCCUAAAAUUUUAUUUAAGGUGAUAAACUUGGUUAUAAAUCCUAUGCAUACUAGGUAUCCUGAUACCUCUAUCUUGAACUGUGAAGACUUUUUGAACUUUUUUAAUGAUAAAAUUGUUGGUUUACACUCUACAAUACCAAAACUACCGGUAACUCCGUCUUGUGACUUAGCUGUGCCUUGCAGCACGGAAUGGAGAGAAUUUGAUCUCAUUAGCCUUCCAGCUUUGGCGGAUAUUGUUGCACAUCUCAAGCCAUCGUCUUCUAAAGGUGAUGUUUUGUCACCUCACCUUUUUAAGCAGAUUUUUACUAGUGUAGGGACUACGGUGUUGAAUCUAACGAAUAAAUGUCUUAGCCAGGGCAUCUGCCCAGCAGUUUUUAAGCAUGCUACAGUUCUGCCGUUACUAAAGAGGCCUAAUUUGGCAAUAGAGGAUCCAAAUAAUUUUAGACCGAUUUCAAAUCUACCUUUUUUAGCGAAGGUUUUAGAAAAAGUGGUAUUUAAGCAGCUUCAAACAUAUAUAACUAGUGAGCCAUUUCAGUCUGGUUUUAAGUCCUGCCACAGCACGGAGACAGUGCUGGUUAAAGUGUUAAAUGACAUCUUUGUCUCACUGGAUAAUGGCAGUAAUGUCAUUUUAAUUUUACUGGACCUUAGUGCAGCGUUUGAUAUGGUGGACCAUGAGACUUUGAUUAAUCGCCUAGAACAUUGGGUUGGCCUAAAAGACAAUGUUCUCAAAUGGUUUAAAUCCUAUCUUACGGACCGAUUCUUCUCUGUCAAUAUUGAGAGCUGUAAUUCUUCAAGCUCACACCUUCCGUGGGGAGUUCCCCAAGGCUCAAUCCUUGCUCCAAUCCUUUUCUCGCUUUACAUGCUACCUUUAGGGGCUAUUUUUCGUAAAUAUAAAGUGUCAUUCCAUUGCUACGCUGAUGAUACUCAGAUUUAUCUACCUGUGAGUGAGUUAAAUUCAAGCUCAAUUGACACUCUAUUAGCAUGUCUUUAUGAUGUUAAGGAUUGGAUGGCUGCAAACUUUUUGAAGCUUAACGAAAAUAAAACCGAAGUUAUUGUGUUUGGGCCAAAAAAGCAUGAGGUAUUGCAGUGCUUAAAUGCAACUUCUUUGACCGGUUUUGUUAAAUCUAAUGUGAAAAACUUGGGAUUUGUUCUGGAUAGUGAUCUAAAGGUAGACAGACAAAUUAAUGCUGUGGUGAGAUCUUGUUUUUUUAAUUUACGUCUGCUAGCUAAGACUAAACCAUUCCUAUCUAGCUCAGACUUUGAGAGAGCAAUCACGUCCAUUGUUUUUUCAAGAAUGGACUACUGCAACUCCCUUUAUUAUGGAGUUGAGGCCCGAGCACUUAUGCGAUUACAGAAAAUUCAAAAUGCUGCUGCUAAGAUGAUAAAGUCAGCAAAGAAGUAUGACUCUGUGACUCCCUUACUAAUUUCUUUAAAGUGGCUGCCAGUACGACUUCGCAUUGAUUAUAAAAUCCUGGUACUUGUUUUUAAGGCCUUGCACAAUCUAGCCCCUGUGUAUCUGUCCAGUUUGGUGAAAUUUUACACCCCUUCUAGAUCUCUUAGAUCUGAAAAUCAAUAUCUACUGUGUACUACCAGGACAAAAUAUAAACAUCGAGGUGAUAGAGCUUUCUCGCGAGCAGGCCCUAAAUUAUGGAAUGACCUUCCCUAUGCUAUUAGAUCAGCCAAAUCUUUGUACUUUUUUAAGGUUGUGUUAAAACAACAUCUUUUAAAUUCAAAUGGAGAGCAUUUUUAAAUGGGUUUAUUUUAAAUGUUUUAAAUGUUUUGUGUAUGUGAGUAGGAUAUGUCUAAACUUGUCUUGUAUUUCCUUGUUCCAAAUGUUUUGUGUUUGAGUGGUGAUUUGUAAAGCACUUUGGGCAACGUGAGUUGUAUUAACAGUGCUAUAUAAAUAAAUAAACAAACAAAACAAAACAAAAAGACAUUUUUAAAUUUUAAAAUGAAAAUUAACAUAACUGAAAACAUUUAUGUAAAACUGUUUGUUGUAUUUUAAAUGUUUUCAAUUAAAAUUUGUAUACCCUAA